AUGAACUUCAUUAGAACAUUGGCCACUAGAACUGCGGCAAAGUUCCAGGAUGUGGUGAUAAUAGGUGGUGGUCCCGCUGGGCUAACACUUAUGUCAGCAUUGAAAACGUCUCCGAAACUAAAACAUUUACAAUGCACUUUGAUAGAGGGGCAGUCAUUGGAUUCGGUUCGAGAAUUCGAGGUUAACCCACCAGAAAACUACACCAAUAGAAUAGUAUCAUUGACUCCAAAAUCAAUUGAGUUUAUGCAGCACCGCAUUGGAAACUGGGAGUAUGCUCACCAAGAUAGGGUUCGAGAAUACGAUGGAAUUAUUGCCUAUGACUCGCAAGAUGCUUCAGCACGAAUCGAAUUCGAUAUAACCUCAAUUGGCAAAGACACGCUAGCAACAAUGUGCGAAGUGAUCAAUAUUCAGAGCUCACUAUUGAGGAGGUUGGAGGAAUUAUCGGCACAACCGACAAGUGGUAUUGAAAUCUUGGAUUCCACUAAAGUCACUGAAAUUAUUAAUCCGUUAGAGGAGACACGAGACUUGGAGAACCAUGAUUUGAAUCAACCCAAUGUGGCGAUAGGCAACCCCAAUUUGGACUGGCCAAUUGUGAAAUUGUCGAAUGGAGAAUCCAUACAAACGAGAUUAUUGAUCGGUGCUGAUGGAUACAACUCCCCCGUUAGGAAGUAUGCCCAUAUCGAAUCCAGAGGCUGGCAGUACAAUAGAUUUGGAGUUGUUGCAUGUAUAAAGUUACAAUAUGAAGAUUUCAGAUCUGUUGGGUGGCAACGUUUCCUCACAACUGGUCCUUUAGCUAUAUUGCCAUUAACAGAAGACAAUGCCACUAUUGUCUGGUCUUCUACUCCAGAACUAAGCAAUAUAUUGUUGAAGGUCAAUGAAGCAAUCUUUCCUCACUUGGUAACUGCUGCAAUGGUGUUGGAAGAGGUUGAUUUAAACUACAUUUAUAGCGUAUUGGAGGAAGAUCCUAAUGACUUUUCGGUAUUGAAAGAUAUUGAAUGGAGGUUGUCCAAGUUCGACUCCAGAACAUUGGAAGAGAGCUAUCCAUUACCAGUGCUUGAACUUGUGCCUAACACUAGGGCCAAGUUUCCAUUGAAGAUGUCGCAUGCUGAUACCUAUAUUGCCCCAAGAGUGGCUUUGGUGGGUGACGCUGCUCACACGAUACAUCCCCUUGCAGGACAGGGAUUAAAUAUGGGUCAAUCUGAUGUAGCUGCCUUGGUGGAUGCUUUGGAACAAGGAGCUAGUAGAGGAAUGGAUUUGGGGUCAACAUUGGUGUUGGAAGAAUAUAAUGCAAACGCUUGGCCGGCAAAUCAUGCCAUGUUGGGAGUAUGCGACAAGUUACACAAGAUAUUUUCAACUGAUUUUUACCCACUAGUCCUUGCCAGGGGUGCUGGUAUGAAAGGAUUGAACAUGUUUGGUAGUGUCAAAGAUCUUAUGAUGAAAUUGGUGAGUGGUAGGUGA